CACGCCUGGCCACCCUUUGUGUGCGCCAUUGCACCCUCUGAGUGCGCGGCGCGCCGACCAAUGAAACACGAGCCGCUCUGCUUAUGUUUUCACCGCCGCAGACUCCCCCUCCCCUCCAACCUGUCCUGUCCGGCAGAAGCAUCUCAGCCCAUACUUCUCCGUCUGCGUCGUUGCGGAGAGUUAACGCACACUCCAGCCAUGGCUGACGGAGGAGAGGAGGAUGAAAUCCAGUUCCUGCGGACAGAUGAUGAAGUGGUCCUGCAAUGUUCAGCUACGAUCCAAAAGGAGCAACAGAAACUCUGUCUGGCAGCUGAAGGCUUCGGAAACAGACUCUGCUUUCUAGAGUCUAUCUCUAACUCAAAGAAUGUGCCUCCAGAUUUAUCCAUCUGCCUUUUUGUGCUGGAGCAGUCGCUGUCAGUACGAGCCCUUCAGGAGAUGCUGGCCAACACGGAGGAGAAGUCUGAAGGGACUGCUCAGAGUGGUGGACAUCGCACCCUGCUGUAUGGACAUGCUGUCUUACUGCGACACUCCUACAGUGGAAUGUACCUCUGCUGCCUCUCCACCUCCCGUUCAUCCACAGACAAACUGGCUUUUGAUGUGGGACUGCAGGAAGACAUUACAGGUGAAGCAUGCUGGUGGACCAUUCACCCAGCAUCAAAGCAGCGUUCGGAGGGAGAGAAGGUCAGAGUGGGGGAUGAUCUCAUCCUUGUCAGCGUCUCCUCUGAGAGAUAUCUGCAUCUGUCCUAUGGGAACAGCAGUCUCCACGUAGAUGCAGCUUUCCAGCAGACGCUGUGGAGCGUGGCUCCCAUCUGUUCAGGCAGUGAAGUAGCACAAGGGUUCCUGAUUGGAGGAGACGUCCUGCGCCUCCUCCAUGGUCACAUGGACGAGUGUUUAACGGUUCCAUCUGGUCAGCAUGGAGAAGAACAGAGAAGGACAGUGCAAUAUGAGGGAGGAGGAGUUUCCAGUCACGCCAGGUCUCUGUGGAGGCUGGAGACACUGCGUGUAAUGUGGAGUGGGAGUCAUAUUCGUUGGGGUCAGCCAUUCAGACUCAGGCAUGUGACCACAGGAAAAUAUCUUAGUCUGACUGAAGAGAAGUCUUUGCUGCUGGUGGACAAAGAGAAAGCUGAUGUGAAGUCCACUGCCUUCUGCUUCAGGUCCUCCAAGGAAAAGUUGGACCCCGGUGUAAAGAAGGAAGUGGAUGGGAUGGGUACCCCUGACAUUAAAUAUGGUGACUCUGUGUGCUACAUCCAACAUAUUGACUCCUGUUUGUGGCUUACAUACCAGACUGUUGAUGCAAAGUGUGCACGCAUGGGAGGUGUGCAGAGAAAGGCCAUCAUGCACCACGAGGGUCACAUGGAUGAUGGGCUGACGUUGUCUCGGUCACAACACGAGGAGAGUCGCACAGCAAGAGUCAUUCGCAGCACUGUAUCUCUAUUCAACCUCUUCAUCAGGGGUCUGGACAAUCUCCGAAAAAAGGGAAAGAGCACAACUUUGGAUCUACCAAUAGACUCAGUCAGUAUGAGUCUGCAGGAUUUGAUUGGCUACUUCCAGCCAGCUGGAGAGCACCUGGAGCAUGAGAACAAGCAGAACCGACUGAGAGCUUUAAAGAACAGACAGAACCUCUUCCAGGAGGAGGGAAUGAUCAGCCUGGUUUUGGAAUGCAUCGAUCGUCUGCAUGUGUACAGCAGCGUGGCUCAUUUUGCUGAAGUCGUUGGACGGGAGGCUGCAGAGGCCUGGUGCGCCAUUCUCAACUCCUUUUACCAACUGCUGGCUGCACUAAUCCGGGGAAACAGGAAAAACUGUGCCCAGUUCUCUGGUUCUCUGGACUGGCUCAUCAGCAGACUUGAGUGGCUGGAAGCUUCUUCAGGUAUCUUAGAGGUGCUUCACUGUGUGCUGGUGGAAAGCCCUGAGGCCCUGAACAUCAUCAAAGAGGAACACAUCAGAUCCAUUAUCUCUCUCCUAGACAAACAUGGACGCAACCAUAAGGUCCUCGAUGUGUUGUGUUCUCUUUGUGUGUGUAACGGUGUUGCAGUGCGCACGAACCAGCACCUAAUUUGUGAUAACCUACUGCCAGGAAGGGAUCUGCUACUGCAGACUCGUCUGGUCAACCAUGUGAGCAGCAUGAGACCCAACAUCUUCCUGGGUGUCAGCGACGGCUCGGCGCAGUAUAGGAAAUGGUACUAUGAGCUGAUUGUGGACCAGGUGCAGCCAUUUGUCACAGCAGAGGCCACUCACCUGAGAGUGGGCUGGGCCAACACCAGUGGCUAUGCCCCCUACCCCAGUGGCGGAGAGGGCUGGGGAGGCAACGGCGUGGGGGACGAUCUCUACUCCUAUGGUUUUGAUGGACUUCAUCUUUGGUCAGGUUGCAUUGCAAGGACUGUCAGCUCACCCAAUCAGCACCUUCUGCGAUCCGAGGAUGUGAUUAGCUGCUGCCUGGACCUCAGCGUUCCCAGUAUCUCCUUCAGGAUCAACGGCCAGCCAGUUCAGGGAAUGUUUGAGAACUUCAACUCUGAUGGGCUUUUCUUCCCUGUGACCAGCUUCUCUUCAGGGGUCAAAGUACGUUUUCUCCUCGGAGGUCGUCACGGGGAAUUCAAAUUCCUGCCCCCUGCAGGUUAUGCUCCCUGCUAUGAGGCUGUGUUGCCCAGAGAGAAACUAAAGCUGGAGGCCAGUCAGGACCAGACUGCAGCCAGAGACCUGCUUGGUCCAACCUUCACCUUGAGCCAGGCAGCCUUCACUCCCACACCUGUGGACACCAGCCAGAUUGUUUUGCCUCCCCACUUGGAGAGAAUCAGGGAAAAACUAGCCGAAAACAUUCAUGAGCUGUGGGUGAUGAACAAGAUAGAGCUGGGAUGGACUUACGGUGCAGUGAGAGAUGAUAACAAGCGGCAGCACCCGUGUUUAGUGGAGUUUCCCAGGCUUCCUGAACAGGAACGAAGCUACAACUUACAGAUGUCCCUGGAGACUCUCAAGACUCUCCUGGCUUUGGGUUGCCAUGUUGGACUAGCAGAUGAACACGCAGUAAAUAAAGUGAAGAGCUUGAAGCUGUCACCAACAUAUGAGUUGUUGAGCGGCUACAAACCUGCUCCGUUGGACCUGAGUUACAUCAAGCUGACCCCCACCCAGGAGGCCAUGGUGGACAAACUAGCUGAGAACGCACACAAUGUCUGGGCAAGAGAUCGUAUCCGGCAGGGCUGGACGUACGGCAUCCUACAGGAUGUGAAGAACCGCAGAAACCCCCGUCUGGUCCCUUACGGUCUGCUUGAUGAGAGGACUAAAAAGUCCAACAAGGACAGUCUGAGAGAGGCUGUCAGGACACUGCUGGGAUAUGGAUACAACCUGGAGGCUCCUGACCAGGACCAUGCUGCGCAGUCUGAUGUCAGCAACACGUCGGCUGAGAGGUUUCGCAUCUUCAGAGCUGAAAAAACCUACUGUGUUAAUGCCGGGAAAUGGUACUUUGAACUGGAGGUUUUAACAGCCGGAGAGAUCAGAGUAGGCUGGGCGAGGCCAGGAUGUCUUCCUGAUCAGGACCUGGGAUCUGAUGACCAAGCCUUCGUCUUUGAUGGCUUCAAGGUCCAGCGCUGGCACCAGGGCAAUGAGCACUUUGGGCGUGGCUGGCAGACCGGGGACGUGGUGGGCUGCAUGGUGGAUCUAAACGAGCACACAAUGAUGUUCACUCUUAAUGGAGAAGUGUUGCUGGACGACUCUGGUUCUGAACUGGCCUUCAAAGACUUUGAAGCCAGUGAAGGUUUCAUCCCAGUGUGCAGUCUAGGAGUGUGUCAGAGAGGGAGGAUGAACUUUGGUAAAGAUGUGAGCACUCUGAAGUACUUCACCAUCUGCGGCCUGCAGGAAGGCUAUGAACCUUUUGCCGUCAACAUGGACCGGGAUGUAACCAUGUGGCUGAGCAAGAGGCUGCCUCAGUUUGUACCUGUUCCUACCAACCACCAACACAUCGAG